CACACGUAAAAGUUUUUAUCUUAGGUUUUAUGGGUUUUUCCGAUAGCAGCAGCGGUGAGGGCUCCUCACGUGACGUUAAUUUAAGGGAGAAGAUUAAACGCCUUAAGAAACGGUUGAAACGAUGUAAAGUAAAACGGGAUUUAGCGAGGCCGGGUCGGUCUCAUAAACGCGGGGUAAGAUACAAAGGCCGCCGCCAUUUGCAUAGCAGCGCGGAGCGCUCGAGAUCCCGUUCGCCGGUUGAUAUUCGGCCUUCAUCUUCACGCGUCCCAGUUUCGGACUCGGACGCUAGUGAUUCUGCUUCUUUAGCAGGCACGUUUAGUGGGUCAGACGCGGAACGUCUUGCGACCCCUGAUUUAUCACCUCGAAUUUCAAUUACGCGACCUACAGUUAACCUUGAGAAGAAAUGCGUGGAGGUCAUGUCAAAUUUUUUGAUAGAUAAGCCGGAGUGCGUUGCGCCUAUGCAGCAAGAAGUUGCGGACGUUUUAUUCGCAUUAACUAGAAAUGGGCUUCCGGAGGAGAAGUUGAAUCCUUCGGUGACCGAAGCUGUCAAGAAUUCUCCCAUAUCUGGGUUGCUAUUUGGCGAGAAUUUAUCGGAGCAGAUUAGAAAUAUUCAGGCGUUAGAAAAGAUUGGGAAGGAUCUUGUGGCUUCUAAACAGAAUUCACAGCAGAAUUCUAAACCUUUAAACUCAAAUCGCCCCUCUCGAGCUCCUCUUCACAAUCGGAAUUUUACAGUGUCUUCGAAGAGAGGAGGGGGGCGCACCACCUUUGUCACACGCAGUCGUUACUUAGUCCAGAAGGAGAACCAGAGAGACAGACGACAACCCAACGGCAAACAUUAUCGCCGGAGGCACACUUAUUAGAUGUAAGUAUUUAAGCUGGUCGACUAAAGUACUUUGAAAAACAAUGGGCAAGUAUCACCAAAAAUAAGAGAAUUUUAACUUGGAUUAAGGGUUAUAAAAUUUCCUUUUCAAGUAAAGUACGACAAGGGAAAAUUCCUCUUGAAAAGGUCUGGUCUAUUACUGAGAAGUUCGA